UAAACUUCUCAAUGCAUGCUUCACACAAAAUUAUUGGUGCACAAAUUCAGGAGAACAUGGAUCAAAUGCUUGUAUCUAGCUGGUUUCAUCUUCAUUCCUCAGUGCCCUUAUCCUAUGUGCAACCACCGGAAAGUAGACCCGGCACGGCUGUUGUUGCUUCCGGCAAGACAAUUCCGGUGGUGGAUCUCGGAGUUCAUGAUCAUGUUGAAGUUCUUGGUCAAAUUUUGAGAGCUUCCGAGCAAUAUGGAUUUUUUCAGGUUAUCAACCAUGGAGUUUGUAAUGAGUUGAUAGAGGAUACAAUAAAUGUAUUGAAGGAAUUCCACGGCAUGCCAGCAGAGGAAAAGAUGAGAGAAAGUUCGAAGGAUCCAAAUGGAAGCUGCAAACUGUAUUCAAGUCGUGAGAUUAAUAACAAAGAUGCCAUUCAGUUUUGGAGGGAUACUUUGAGACACCUUUGUCCACCUUCUCGUCAAUUCAUUCACUUUUGGCCUCAAAAGCCUUCAACAUAUCGUGAAGUAGUUGAGAGAUAUACAGAAGAAAUGAGAAAAUUGGGAGUGAAAAUAUUGGAGGUGUUAUGUGAAGGGCUAGGACUUGAUCGAGAAUAUUGCAACGGUGGACUUAGUGAAAGUCCAUUAUUGCUAACUCAUCAUUACCCUCCAUGCCCAGAACCAAGUUUAACAUUGGGAGCUCCAAAGCAUAGGGACCCUACCCUUCUUACCAUUCUUCUUCAAGAGAAAGAUAUAAAUGCACUUCAAGUUUUCAAAGAUGGGGAAUGGAUUGGAGUUGAACCAAUUCCAAAUGCUUUUGUAGUUAACAUUGGACUUCUCUUACAGAUAAUUAGCAAUGGAAGGUUGAUCGGUGCUGAACAUCGUGUUGUAACAAACUGUGAGAGGGCAAGAACCACCGUGGCCUAUUUUAUCCGUCCAACAAAUGAAACGAUUAUUGAACCUGCAAAGGCUUUGACAACUCUCCAUCCCCCAAUCUACAAAUCCAUAACAUAUUCAGACUUCUUAACAAUUUUCAUGACCAAGGGUCCAGACAUUGAACCUCAAUUAUUACUCCCUUAAUUAAUAAGCUUUGCUUCAAUCUAGACACCCUAAUUAUGUUUGCAUGCAUAUAUGAGUAUAUAAUAAUAUAGUGUUUGCCAGCACUACUUAUUAA